UUCAGUCGUCCUCCGCCCAUCAAACCAGAGAGAAGACGCUACGCAGCCGCCGCUCGUCCCUCAUCUAACCAUAUGGCAAAAACCGCCUUCUUUCUUUCUUAUAUCGUUGUGCCCACUACUCUUUAAAAAUUCCGCCGAAAAAGAGAAGACGAUUUUCCAAAACAUUUUGGCCGUUAUCUCACGGCUCCCCUGUCUCUGCACAGGUGUAUGAGCGCUACCCAGAGGGCCUAGGGGCGGCUCUUUACCGGGAGCACUUUGACUUCAACGCUGAGCCACCUUGGGAUCCUAGCUGAUAGCGGGACAGGUCCAUCUCCUGACUUGUCCAUUUUGUUGCAUACCGGCAGGACCCCAUUGGCUCAGUCGUGACCCCUUGACUUGCUUAUCUGUUCUUUAUGAUUGUCGGCUUAGCGGAAUACGGUUGAGAUGAAAGGACUCGCUGACAAACCCAGCUACAUCAUUGAACUCCUGGAGGGAGGAGUGACCCUUGAAGAUGUCAUUGAUGGACACAUCUGUGAGCAGGCUCUGGUGGAGAAGAGUGCGUUUGUGGUGGGUGACCUCGGUGCCCUGAUGCGGCAGCAUGUAUGCUGGCAGAGCGUCGUGCCACAGCUUCAGGCCUACUACCCAGUCAAGUGCAACAGCAGCCCUGCAGUCAUCGAGGUGUUGGCCUCAUUGGGCCUUGGCUUUGUUUGUGCCAACAAGACUGAAGUGAGCCUGGUGCUGGAACACGGCGUGCCACCAGAAAACAUCGUUCUGUCAGGCGUUUGCAAACAGCUGGCGCACAUCAAGCAUGCUGCCAAGAACAACAUCCAGCAUCUUGUGUGCGAAAAUGAGGCAGAGUUGUCCAAGAUUUCCCGCCUGCACCCCGGUGCAAAGUUGCUGCUGCAGUUGACAACCGAGGCCCACGCAGCUGAGACCAGCAUGGCCUUUGGCUCCUCUCUGAAGAGCUGCCGGCACCUGCUGGAAGCAGCCAAGGAGCUUGGAGUCCAGGUGGUGGGAGUGACCUUCCACAUUCCCAGCUCCUGCCAAGACCUGCAACAGGCCUACACCCAUGCCCUGUCAGAUGCCCGCUGUGUGUUUGACAUGGGGCUGGAUCUGGGCUUUAACAUGAACAUCCUGGACAUUGGUGGUGGUUUUACUGGCUCAGAGUUUCAGCUCAAACAGGUUGAGUCUGCAGUCAGGCCACUGCUGGAUGCUUACUUCCCCCCACUGUCCGGUGUGCAAGUGUUGGCCCAGCCAGGCAGCUUCUAUGUGGCCUCAGCUUUCAGCCUGGCUGUCAACGUGAUCAGUAAAAAGGUGGUGACCCGCCACUGGGACAGCCUCGGUCAAGGUGUGGACAAUGAAGAUACCGAGUUCCUGUACUACAUGAAUGAGGGUGUUUAUGGUCCAUUCAGCCGCAAGCUGCUGGGAAACUCCAUCGCUGCCCCGUCAGUGCACAAGCAUGUGCUGUGCGCGGACGAGGCGGUGUAUCCCAGCAGCCUGUGGGGCCCGUCACUGGACCAGCUGGACCAGGUAGUGGAGCGGUGUCUGCUGCCGGAGCUCAGUGUGGGAGACUGGCUCUGCUUCCCCAACAUGGGAGUGUGUGGCCUGGAGGAGUUCAGCGGCCUCUCCGGCUCCCCGCCGCUGCCCGUCUACUACACUGUCUCCACCUGUGACUGGUACGAAAUGCAGGAGGCCGGUGUGGCGCUGGACAGUGACAUGAAGAAUUUCUCCAUGGUGCAGUACAGUGCGUAACUCCCCUCUGCCCCUGUCCUGUAUUAAAUCGCACAGAUCCUCUUUGGCCUCUCCUUUCACCGUGUGAGAAGAGGGGCCAGCGAGGUAUUUGGGACAAGGGGCUAAAUGUGGUCAACAUUCCAGCCUCCUUGGAAAAUGCAGUGUCCUAUUAUUUCUUCCAGGAAUUAGAUUUUUUUUCUUUUCUUUUCUUACCUUUCAAGCAAUUGGUUUUUUCGAUACCUCAAUUGUGUAGGAUUUGAUGUGGAAGAUAAUCUUCCCAUUUUUGCUCCUCCCUCUCAUGGCCAAAAAUCUGUCAGCUAAAAGAACUCAAACGA